ACUCACUGAUUUACAGAAGAAAAAAAAAAGAAGAGAAGAAGAUGGAAUCAAUCGGAGUCCUUAUGAUGUGCCCCAUGUCCUCCUACCUCGAGAACGAGCUUGAGAAGCGCUUCAACCUUCUUCGCUUCUGGACUUGUCCGGAGAAAUCCGUCUUCCUAGAAACUCAUCGGAACUCCAUCCGCGCCGUUGUUGGGAAUGCUUUUGCCGGCGCCGAUGCUCAGCUAAUCAAUGAUCUGCCCAAGCUUGAGAUCGUUUCCAGCUUCAGCGUCGGGCUCGACAAGAUCGAUUUGGGGAAAUGCAAGGAAAAAGGGAUCCGCGUCACCAACACCCCCGACGUUCUCACCGAAGACGUCGCAGAUCUCGCCAUCGGGCUUAUCCUCGCUCUCCUUCGAAGGCUGUGUGAGUGCGAUCGCUAUGUCAGGAGCGGAAAAUGGAAGCAAGGUGACUUCCAACUCACUACCAAGUUUAGUGGAAAAUCCGUGGGCAUCAUUGGUCUUGGUAGAAUUGGGACUGCCAUCGCAAAGAGGGCUCAAGCCUUUAGCUGCCCAAUCAAUUACUACUCAAGAACCGUCAAGCCUGAUGUGGCCUACAAGUAUUAUCCAACGGUGGUUGACCUUGCUCAAAACUCAGACAUCCUCGUCGUCGCAUGCCCCUUGACCGACCAGACCAGACACAUUGUGGACCGGCAGGUGAUGGAUGCAUUAGGAGCUAAGGGUGUGCUAAUAAACAUUGGCCGUGGACCACAUAUUGAUGAGCAAGAGCUUGUCAAAGCUCUAACAGAAGGACGCAUAGGUGGGGCUGCGCUCGAUGUCUUUGAGCAUGAGCCUCACGUGCCCGAGGAGCUAUUUGGCCUUGAGAAUGUGGUUCUCCUCCCUCAUGUUGGGAGUGGCACUGUGGAAACACGGAAUGCCAUGGCCGAUCUUGUGGUGGGUAACUUGGAAGCCCACUUUUCUGGGAAGUCACUUCUGACUCCGGUCGUCUGAGUGAUGAUGACACAUUUGGGAUUUGAUGGCAUUUGAAAGGCUUUUAUUAUUUUAAUAAACUAGUGGAAAGGGU